AUGAAGGCCCCUUUUGCCCUCUUUCUUGCCUUGUCCUGUGUCUUUCUCAUCUCUCACGUCAUAGCACAGCAGCAUUAUAAUGAUUCUCUUUAUAUUAUACAACAAGAUGAAUCCUGUCAUGACUACACAACCAAAGAGACGUGUUUACCAAACCACUGCGUCUGGUGUGUCUGUGCAGCUGUUCCAUCGUCCUGUUACACGCCCAAAGAGGCGAAUGAUUUACCUCCUGCUAUCUUCAAAUGCACAAAAGAGCAAGAACAACUGUCCUGGGAGCUGACACAACUUCCAUCGACGUUUUCAGAGCUUGACAACCUUUUUGAAGCUUGGAAAGAUAAACAUGACAAGAAAUACGACUCUUUUGGCCAGAAUGAGCUUCGAAGAGGCAUUUUUGAGAUCAAUGCACGCUCUGUUGCUGUUCAUAAUCGCAAAAAAGACAAGAGCUUUACAAUGGAACUCAAUGAGUUUGCAGACGUCACGUGGGACGAAUUUCAGAGCUGGUACUUGGGAGCUCCACAAGAAUGUUCAGCUACAAUAAAUACAGACAAUAAAAUGGUGUAUAAUGAUGUACCUGCUACAAAAGAUUGGAGAGCUGAUGGAGUUGUGUCUCCUGUUAAGAGCCAGGGCAAAUGUGGCUCAUGCUGGACAUUCUCGACGACGGGGUGUCUCGAAAGUCAUGUGAAGCUCAAACAUGGCGAGUUUACCAUCUUAUCGGAGCAGAAUUUGCUUGAUUGUGCACAAAACUUUGACAAUCAUGGCUGCAAUGGAGGACUACCGUCACACGCUUUUGAGUAUGUUAAGUACAAUGGAGGCUUGGACAAGGAAGACUCCUAUUCUUACGAGGCAAAGGAAGGUAAGUGCAAAUUUAAUACGUAUCAUGUUGGUGUACAAGUGGAAAAAGUGGUAAACAUUACGUCACGUAACGAGAACGAGCUGAAAGCUGCUGUGGGCUCUGUUGGACCCGUCAGUAUCGCUUUUCAAGUGGUGUCAGACUUUCGUUUCUAUAAAUCUGGAGUGUAUGAGUCGACGAAGUGCCUCUCAGGCGAGAAGAAUGUUAAUCACGCAGUACUGUCGGUGGGCUACGGCGUCGUGGACGGCAAGAACCACUGGAUCGUUAAGAACAGUUGGGGUGUCAGGUGGGGCAUGAACGGGUUUUUUCAGAUCGCACGAGGAAGCAACAUGUGCGGCUUAGCCGACUGCGCCUCGUACCCUGUGGUGGUGUAA